ACUUAAAAACGAGCUCAAGGUCAUCUGAUGAGCUCACAUGUCACCGUGGCUCCUGAUUCUACUAUUAUACUCGUUAUUUGAAUCUUCGGCAUCCUACGACAGUUGCCUCCAUUAUCGAUCGAUAUGUUUACGAAAUGACACAUGCAAUCAGCAUUUAAAACGGUUUCAAACCACGUGUGGAUAUGAUUUGAAUGUUUGCUCGGGCACAUCUCCGUCGGAUUGUGUCUACUAUUUGCAUCGGAUACGGGAAAUUUUUCCGACAAAAUCAUGCACUUGCUAUGAAGCUAUUGGAUUCUCCCAAGAAUGCGACUUUUUUCGGCAAAUUAUUUGGAAUCACUCUUGCGAGCGAAAAAUGCGUGAUGUUGGAGAGGAGAUUAAGCUGAAUAAUCGAAAAAUUCUCCGAAUCGAAACAAAUCGCAUGCAAAAUGUACAAAAGCAUCCUGAAACUAGUCUCCGUAGGACGACAAGAACCCCCGUCGCAGAUCAAAUCCACCAAUGGAAGACACAGCUCAGCGGAGAGCUGACAAAGUCGAAAAUCGAGCAAAAAACGUGCGACGCAGCGCUCUACCAAGUUUGCCUAAAACACGUGUCUUGCUCUCAACUUUGGUCAAUGUUUCGCAAGAAUUGUGACGUGGAUCUGGAUAAUCAGUGUCGAAUGGCUGAUCGAGAAGUGUGCUGGCAGAGUUUUGAGGGGCUCACGUGGAGUGGGCUCGGCGAUUGUCAGUGUGCUUCUUCGAAUUCGUCGGAUUGUCAUUGGAUUCGAUUGCAUACUAAUUAUAAUAAAUGUAUAUACGAAAUUUCGAAAUCCGGACAAUUUCCUGUCUUGAUGACUUUGGCUCAGAAAAACCGUGAAGCUGAGGAGAAUAAGCAGCGAGCAAUGAGUGAGCAGUAUCGAAGAAGAUAUGAAAAUCGCGAACAAUCUGAAUAUAUUCUCCGUGAAGUUCCAACUACCACAACAACCACAACAACCACUACAGUACCCCCAACAACAACGAGGACCACAACCACAACUACCCCAAGGCCUACAGUACCUACAGUACCCCGGACAACUACCGUACCCAGUUGGUGGAGCUCCGCCCAAGCGCCACGUCAUCGUGACACGUCACCACGUCAAGGUUUUCGGCUGAAAGCAGUAAUUGAUCCGACACCUACAGUAGCCCAGGAGAAUUAUUACACGUAUCAGGGUUCGAAAAUGGAAUUCCCACCGGCUUUUCGUCCCCGGAAAUCUAGUUUGAGAUCCUCCUGCCCGGACGCAAUCCGCCGUUGCGAAUCCGUCGACGAAUGUCGUUGGCAUCUCGGCGAGCUUCGUGUUCGUUGCGCCUCGACGGCCUCCUGUCAACGGGAGGAAUGCGCUCAGAGCCUUCAACGGUUCGUGACGUACGUCCCGUUUGCGUUGAUCGAAUCAAUAAUGUUCUGUCAUUGCGCACCGGAGGAUGAGGGGUGCUUAACUCAACAGGAAAUAAUCUACCCGAAAUGCCUGUACAGAUCAUCCGGCUACAUGCAGACAUGUACUCAAUCAGUUCAGAAGUGUGAUCAAGAUCAGAGGUGUAAGCAUAUUCGAUACGCAAUGCAAGCUCACUGUCCCGUGAGAAAUGGGGAAUGCUCGAAAACUUCUCUGGAUGACUGCAGAAGAACCUUGCUAACUGCCAGAGCCUCAAUCCUCGAGCAACCGUGUUUCUGCAAGCUCUCCGAUGUACAAUGUCUUGCGCACCAAAACUCGAUGAUCCCGACUAACCCGUGCAUUGAGAGUGCGAUGAUCGAAUAUUCUCGAAUAAUGGGCUACAGUAAGCCGGGUCUCGCCACGAAUCGUGUGCAGAGUACGGUAGAAGAGGCGGUGGACCCCCCCGAGCCGGAGCCAGCGAUGCGAAGAACCGCAAGCACGAUAAACCACCAGCCAAUAACUACAGUAACCUUCGCCCCGCCAACCUACCAAGAGCCGCCCAGGACCACUUCGAGACCCUAUCAAAACCAGCAGAACAAUCGAAAACGCAUGCGUACCUCUACAACAACAAAGGCACCUAGAACUACAGUACCACCAACUACAGUAACCGUACGGACUACAAAGACUACAACGACUACAACAACGCCGCCGCCGCCGCCCCCAGUUACCUCGAAAAAGUCAAGUUUUUUGGAUUUAUUUGGAAUUUUCGGCAAGAAAGAGACGCAGACAACGGUGGCGGACAGAAAAUCGAUAAAUUCCGAAACAAUCGAUAAUCUGCCGACGGACGAUGAAAAUAAUGAGGAACAAAUGGAUGAAGAACCAAUGACGGAGAUCAAAAAAUCUAGUGACACUGUUCAAAGGAAGCCGAAAUUCCGGACUACAGUAACCCCGCCGAUUACGUCAGAGGCUCCGCCUCCUUGGAUAUCUACAACACCGACGGCCCCCACAACGACUACCGUAUUCACGACGCAUGCGCCACCACCGAUGGAGGGUUGUAAUACGAAGGAUGCAAAUGGACGAGAGAUCUUCACACAUAUUGGUGCUAUUAUGAGGAAAUACGUGGACUGGUCGGGUCGAUGCUCCACUUGGUGUGAAUGCGAGUCUGAGGAUCAUCUCGCGUGUGAACCAGUCCCAUGUCUAGACCAUGGUACUUGUGAUGCUCCGCUGACUACUAUUGAAUUCGGCGAGCGUGUAUUCCUCAAGGACCGUGGAGCCUGCUACUGUGAAACUGGAAAUUUUGUGUGCGAAUUUCCAGAAGAUUCACCAGAGACCUACCCGGGGCUCUACAUGUCAAUCGGGUACUCACAGAAAGAUGUGGAGCUCAUUCGAAAAGCCGUGCCACGCGAAAUUCUCGAUAAAGCCGGCUUUUCGUCGUCCGAUGCUUCCACCGAUAUCGCAUCACGAAUGCAAAUCGCUUUUGAACGUCUGUUGCCGAAAAACUUGCAGUGCCGAAUUGUGACGAUGAAUGAGCUCAGCGAGCCCGGCAACGCUUUGUACCGUAUCGAGUGGUACGGUAGAAAUGAGAUGUUCAAUCAUACACGUACCAGGUGGCAUUCUGAUGGUGCUGAGAAGAUUUGUUCACCAUAUGUUCGAAAAUUGGCGGAUCACUUCUCGCUCAACGAAUCACCACGCUUCCAGUUGGUAUUAUCAACUGUUAAACAAGUUAAAGUUCUCGAUUAUCUCGACGGGUUACCACAAUCAUCAAGUGGCCGACAUUUCACGGGUUGUCUCCUAUCAAUGUAUUAUCUUCAUCUUCUCAUCAUCACGCUGCUCAUCGAUUUUAUCACUUUUCCCUAAAAUGCCUUUCGUUUCUUCAUCCAUCCUUUUUUCCAGUGCCUUUUUCUUGCGAAAGUUAUAAAUUUUUUUUAGAAUAAAAAAAAUUUUAGAAAUAAAAAUUUUUAAAUUU